CAUUUUUUCUUCUACAUCUAGCAUAAAUUGAUAUCGUAUAGUUAACCAUAUAUUCUAAAGACGUAGUGUUUAUAUUUCAGAGGAUAUAAAAUACGAUGCGAACUGAAGGAUAAGACCGGAAUUUGUAUGUCGGACUUUUUGUAUUUCUUUACAUCAUACUCGGCGAUAACCUUGUUUCUCUGCACCAUUCCAUUGUACGUGAAUUGAGGACUUUACAACUAUUUCAAGACAAGAUCAUGGCAGCUCAAAAUGACGAAACAGUUGUGAUGACAGGUGGUUCUUUUACAGCCAGUGAUGAAAUCCCUGUGACAGCUCAACCUAAGACAGAAAGGUCAAACAGUAAAGCUCAAGGUCGAAUGGUAACACCGGCGUCUUUUGAUGACACAUUAAGUGAAAGAGACUGGAAAACAAAACUGUAUUCUUGUGAGGAGGGUAAUUCAACAAAAUGCAGUUUGUACUGCUGUUGGUGUUAUCACAAAUAUAUGGCAGCAAUACGUCUAGGGGAGACGCCAUUUAUGGGAUUCCUACCUUGUGCAACAUUUGCAUUGAGGGUGAAAGUUAGAACGUUAUUUGGAAUUAAGGGUUCCAUUGUUGAAGAUUUUCUAACAACUUUGUUAUGUGAACCCUGCGCAAUUUGUCAGAUGUCUAGAGAGUUGGACGACGUGGGGCUUUAAACAAAUAUAUAAAAUAAUGUGAAUUAUAACGUUUUUAUAAUUUGAGCCGCUUAUAGCGUUGUAUAAUAUUUCAUAAUUUUAUGUGUACAUGUAUGUCUUUUGUAUUAAUAUUUAAAUGGUAAUGAAUGGAAUAAUUGUGAAAUAAAAAAAACAUAAACUAGUA